AUGGCGGCUACUCUACACAUCAUCCGCGCUUCAGAUAACCUCAAGAGGAAACGUCUACAUGAAGAGAUUCAAGGCUUCAAUAAGACUGCAUAUGAUCGUCGGCUUCGGCGUCAUCAUAUUUCUCACAGAAAACCAGUUGUUUCUCAUAAACAACAAAAUAAUGAAAAUUUCACCCCUCCGCCAUCUCUGUUCUCUGGGGUUUCAUCUCCGGAAUCAUCUCCAACAUCAUCUGAGCAUUUGGAUUGUAUAUAUAAUAAAAAAAGCAAGGGUAUUGAUAUUAUAACGGAUGAACUUCACAGUUUUCCAAAGAAGAAACCAAAUCAACAAGUGAAUGUUCGUGUUGAUACUGGGGUUGCCAAUAACCAAUGCAUGAACAAAAAUAAUGCAAGCUUGGACAGCCUUGAAUCAAAUUCAGACUAUAUCAUUCUUUGUUCGGCACUCAACCUACUUUAUUCACUGAGACAAAAGGUAAAAAAUGAUAUUGUUGAACUCAAUAAGUUGAAAAAAGAUUUGAAGGAAAACCCUGCCAAAUUAAGAUCUUUACUUGAUGGAUCAAACAAUGAAAUCCCAUCAAGAAAUUCAAUUCUCAAAUGUCCGAUCAUAGAUUUCACAAACUAUGGCCUUUCUUAUAGGGAUGAACAAACUUUUAUACACGAUGAACUCACUCGGGAAAAUAGUGAACAGAAAGAACUUUUCAAGGUGACUAGUCCCUUUGGUUGA